AAAAAUAUAAGUAAAGAAAAGUAUAUAUUAUAUAUACGUAUGAAUGAAAGUAAUUUAUAAUAAUCAUCUAUUAUUGUAUGACAUAAAAAUUUAAAUGUUUCGUAAAAUAUCAUCUGAAUUGUACGUAAACAAACGUUCUUAUGAUUAUUUAUUAUAUUUAAAAAUGUCAACUGUUAAUAAUAUAACAAUGAUAAAUGAGGAAAAAACUCAUAUUCAAGAAAGUAAAAAACGUUCAUUGCAUAGUGAAGAACUAUCAGCAAUUCAUAAUGAUGACAAUGAAGAUGUAAAAAAAAAACUUGUAAAAUUUGAACGUAUAAAAAAAAAAAAUUAUGCUUUAAUGCUUGGUUAUUUGGGCAAAAACUAUUAUGGCAUGCAAAGAAACCCUCAGAUGAAAACCAUCGAAGAAGAUUUAAUAAAUGCAAUGCUUAAGGCAAAGCUCAUUGAUGAAGAGGCUUUUGCAACAAUUCAAAAUACAAAUUUUCAACGAGCUGCAAGAACUGAUAAAGGUGUUUCGGCUAAUCGACAAAUUUGUUCAGUAAAACUACCUGAAUAUGCAACUAAAGAGAAUAUAAAUGCAUUUCUUCCAAAACAAAUUCGUGUAUUUGGAUUAAAAAGAGUUACAAAAGGAUUUAAUAGUAAAUCGAAUUGCAAUGCAAGAACAUAUACAUAUACACUGCCAACUUAUGCACUUGCACCAGAAGAUACAUCAAAUAUUGCGAGUAAUGAUUCAGAUGAAGAAUAUGAAAAAAGAAUAGAACAACUUCAUAUAAUUAACGGGAAGCCUUUCCAUGAAUAUCGCGUAACUCCGGAAGUUAUAGAAAGAUUAAAUUCAAUUUUGAAAUUAUAUGAAGGAACACAUAAUUUUCAUAAUUUUACUUGUAAAGUACGACCUUUUGAUCCAAGAGCAAUGCGUUAUAUGAUAAAAUGUCAUUGUGAUACUACGUAUGUUUCACAAAAUAUGGAAUUUGCAAAAAUCCUCAUCAAAGGGCAAAGUUUUAUGUUACAUCAAAUUAGGAAAAUGAUUGCAUUAGCAAUUGGUAUUGUGAGAAAUUUAACUACAGAAGAUAAAAUUCACGAAGCAUUUACACAUAAUAAACUUGAUAUUCCAAUAGCUCCUGGAUUAGGAUUGGUUCUUGAUCAUGUUCAUUAUGAUAAUUACGAUCGACGGUAUGGGUCAGAUGGAAUACAUGAAAAAUUAUUAUGGGAUGAGUGUGAAGAAGAAGUACAACGUUUUCACAAAGAAUUUAUUUCCCGACAUAUUGAAGAAACCGAAAUUAAUGAAAAGUCAAUGUUGAUGUGGCUUGGUGAAUUAUCACGCAUAAAAUUUGCUCAAAAACUUGAUAUACCCAAAAUAUCAUCAAUAGGAUCAACUGCGAUGGUUGAAGAAGAAGAUGAAGAUAAUGAAAGAGAAGAAGAACAGGAAGAAAAUGAACAUAAAAAAGUGAUGCAAUAGUAUUGAAUUGGAACUCGUUGUUUUUUUAUAAAUUUCUCGUAACAAUAAUGAUAAAAUGAAAUAAAAAAAAAUUGAAACUAA